GGUUCAUCAAGAUAGAGGUAAGCUUGUGUACUAGAUUGUCAACACGAACUGUAUAAUAAAGUAUACAGACCUUACUCUGGACUGGAGUGAUUGUCCCAAGUAAAACAGAUUUGGAAUAAUUUGGGAUACACGUUGAUGUAAAUGAGCACCAGAAUGCCAGCUUACAGACUUCUAAUAAAGUCAGCAAAACAAGUAGUACAAGUAACAAACAAUGGCUCCCGGAUGCUGUAUGGAAUAGAUAUGAGUCGUGUUGCUGUUCUCGAAUCUUCUACUAGUCAAGGAUUUAGUAUUGUUGUUGAUAAUGAUGGAAUUAUAGUGGACAUAGAUACGGAUGACGUCAUUAUGAAAAAAUAUCGUGAAGAAACAUUUCAGAAUGUAAUUGAAGCAACAGGCAAGAGUGUUAUACCAGGUCUGGUUGAUGGCCACACUCACCCAGUGUGGGCAGGAGAUCGUGUUCAUGAGUUUGAGAUGAAGUUAGCUGGAGCAACGUAUAUGGAAGUACAUGAUGCUGGUGGGGGAAUACACUUUACAGUAAAUCAUACAUGUGAGGCUACAGAAGACAAGUUACAUACACUCUUUCAAAGCCGACUGAAAGCGAUGGCCAGAGCCGGGACCACUUUGGUGGAGUGUAAAAGUGGAUAUGGUCUGGAUACGGAAAAUGAGAUGAAAAUGUUGCGGGUAAUAGAUCGUGGAAAGAAACUUGGAGGGAUUGAUAUCUCCAGCACAUACUGUGGGGCUCAUGCAAUUCCCAAAAACAAAACUGCCUCCGAAGCCACUAAAGAUGUUCUAGAAAAUCAAAUACCUGCUAUUAAAAGUCAGAUUGAUGACCAAAAUCUGAGUGUAGACAACAUUGAUGUGUUUUGUGAAAAGGGGGUAUUUGACGUUCAACAGUCACGAGAUAUUCUAAAUGCCGGGAAACAAAUUGGACUUAAUAUAAAUUUCCAUGGUGAUGAACUCAAUCCACUUGGUUCUGCAGAGAUGGGAGCAGAGAUUGGCGCUACAGCUAUCAGCCAUUUAGAAGAAAUAUCCGACAAUGGAAUACUGGCUAUGGCACGUUCCAAAACAAUAGCAGUAAUACUUCCUACUACAGCAUAUAUCCUACGGUUAAAACCACCUCCUGUAAGACAGAUGAUCGACACGGGCGUGCCUGUUGCCCUUGGCUCAGAUUUUAAUCCUAACGCAUAUUGUUUAUCAAUGCCAACCGUUAUGCAUUUAGCAUGUGUUAACCUGAAGAUGUCAAUGUCUGAAGCUCUUUGUGCUGCUACUAUAAAUUCUGCAGCUUCAUUGGGUAGAUCAGACACACAUGGUUCUAUAGAAAAGGGCAAACUGGCAAAUCUUGUUAUAAUAGAUUCUCCAAAAUGGCAACAUAUCAUCUAUGAGUUGGGUUGUCACAGUGAGAUCAUAAGUUACGUGAUAUGGCAUGGAGAGGUUGUACAUUCUAAACGAACGUUAAAUACUAGUAUCCUGUAAAGCAGGAAUUUUUACAUUUACAUUUUAUUCAUGCUAAAGUUGCUAUUGAUCUAACUCUAUAGCCUGUUGCGAUUUGUGUGGGAUGAAAAUAGUCGUGACAAUUUGUUACUGAAUUUAGUCGAAAUACUGUAUGGGCAAUAGUUUCAAAAAAAUUUUUUUUACAAUUUAACAAAAAAAACCGUAGUGUUUAAA